AUGCGAUAUCCUCUUAAAAACCGAACGUUGCAAAUCAUUCCCCCUUGAUUCUGCCAAGAGGUUUCCACUCUGCCAAAAAUUUCAUACCACAUGUAUCUACGAUAUGACAUGACAAUUACUAUUUGCUGUAGAUCUUCACGGCCGGGAUUCACAUCGAACUCCGGACCGGGCUGCCGAGGCAGCUCAGACGUUUACCCACCAGAAUCUUACUGCAUUACUGGCCCUACGUCACUAUCUGCGUUAUAUUUUUGCGGGUCUAUCCUUUUUUUUUUUUCUUCCCUCCCUUUCCACAACGGCUUAUAUCUCGCCUUGACCGAUAUCUGAGAGAGAAAAAAUUCUACGCAGAACGAAUGGAUCGCACAACAUGCUUUUGCGCCUCGGCAAGUGGACCUGUGUGGAAUUAUGCUAUCUUUGCCUCUUGAGCCUCUGCAUCUCGGGGCGCGAGGCUCUGCAUGGCAUGGAAUGAUAUGUAACCCCUGCAAAGACGCCGUUGAAGAGCCCCUUUAAAAGAAGUUUAGAUAAAUCAGUCGCUUCACCAUUGAUUCUCGCAGUGAUAAUCCACACAUGUAUCAAAAUACUCACCCUCUUAGCGAGUAUUAAUCCAUUUUCUCAACACAGCCUUGGAAGUUGGAUCUACCUUUCAUCGCCAACCACACGACCUUCACUAUCUCUUAGGAACGUCUAUUACUCAGACAUAAAUCAUGCGGCCAACAACAACAUCAAAACAGUUUUAUCUUCUUGGGGAAGAUGUCUCCACCGCACAAGAUAUUGAUGUCCCCUCGUCAAUAGAUGAGAAUGGGCUGCGGCAACUUGUCGCAUCGCAUUUUGCAAUCGUCGAUUCGCAGGGCAUCGGAUUCGUGAGCGAGAAUGAAGCCCUUACAUCGACAGCCGACGUCCUGGACGCGGAUGGCCCCGUCUCCAUCACGAUUGACGGCAAAGCAGUCCACGAGGUGCCAGGACCAAAAGGGCUGCCGUACGUUGGCAACUACCUAGAAGUCUUUCCCGACCAUCUUGGAAACCAUGCACGGCUUUUUGAAAAGUACGGCCCCUUGUUCAAGACGAACAACAUGGGUACUGUCAACUACUUCACCAACGACCCUGCGCUGGCGACCAUCGUCUUCACCGAGUCCGACUUCUUCAGCAAGGAGAUCAUACAAGGACACCCCCUCUUCCCCAUCAAGAACCAGGAGGCGGGCGUGUUCACAAGCGACACCAAGACCGAGGAGUGGAAGAUGGCCCACAAGUUCCUGCCCCCAUUCUUCGGCCCCAAAGCCGUCCGCCACUACGCACCAACAAUGAACCAGACGGUGGAGGGAGCGUUCAAGGUGUUUGACGAGCUGGCGGACCGGGACGAGGCGUGGAACGUAUACCCUUACAUGAUGAAGCUGGGCUCGCAGGCCGUGGGCAAGCUCAUCCUGGGCAUGGACUUCAACCACUUCGCCGGCGUCGACGCCCCGCCCCACGAGAUGGUCAUGCUGAUCGCCGAGUCUCUGGAGCUGAUGAAGAAGAUCACCAGCCUGCCGCACUGGUACUCGAUGCUCCCAUUUGGAGAUCCCAAGAGGCUGCAGUCGAUCCGGGACCGCAUGGAGGCGCUGUUCCUGAAGGUGUUUGCAGAGGCAUCCACGGGCACCGAGAAUCUCGAUCUUCAAGAAGCAGCCCUGAAGGCCGAGAACAUGAUCGACUACCUGGUCCGCGCGACCGACAACGCAGGCAACAAGAUGCCGCCCAACAAGUCCUGGCAGCCUCUUGUCGUGGCGACGGGCGCGGGCUUCACCACCACGAGCUCGCUCAUGUCCUGGCUCAUCUACUCCCUCGUGAACUACCCGGGCAUGCAGGAGCGCCUUCUCCAGGAGCUCGUCGACAACGGCUUCACCGACGACACGGUGGUGACGGACGAGCUCACGUCGAAGCUCACGUUCCUGGACCACUUUGUGAAGGAGACGCAGAGGCGGCAUAACCCCUCUUUCCAGCCGGCGCGGACGGCGCAGUGCGACGUCGUCCUGCCCGGUGGAUACAAGGUGCCCAAGGGAAGUGUGGUCGUCCCGUCCCUGCACCAGAUCCACAACAGCCCCAAGAUCUGGGGCAACCCGGCCGAGUUCGACCCUGACAGGUGGGACUCGGAGAGGGUGAAGAACAGGCCUAGGAACUCGUACAUGCCGUUUGCGACGGGCCAGAGGAUGUGCAUUGGUUUCAACUUUGCCCUCCAGGAGGCUCGCAUUUUCCUGACCAAGCUGGUCUGGCGGUACCACUUUUCUCUGGCGACCGAGGGCGCGAUUGACUACGAUCCGCAGUUCCAGCUGAUCAGGCCGACCAACCUGUACGUGCGUGCCGAGCGGAGAGUAAAAUGGCCGCCAAGGAGCGAUCUGUAGGGGUUAGACAUUAGCUUUGGGUCUCAAAGUAUGGAAUCAUUUGCAGGAGUAAAAGGAGUAUUCUGGGGGGGUAUAGAAAUCAGUCUUCGACUAUAGGAUUACAUGGAUAUCCACCAUUCAUUCUUUCACG